GCCUUCUACUACAACAACGAUGCCUUCUACUACAACAACAACGAUGCCUUCUACUACAACAACAACGAUGCCUUCUACUACAACAACAACAAUACCUUCUACUUCAACAACAACGAUGCCUUCUACUACAACAACAACAAUGCCUUCUACUACUUCAACAAUGAUGCCUUCUACUACAACAACAACAAUGCCUUCUACUACAACAACAACGAUGCCUUCUACUACAACAACGACGAUGCCUUCUACUACAACAACAACGAUGCCUUCUACUACAACAACAAUGAUGCCUUCUACUACAACAACAACAAUGCCUUCUACUACAACAACCUCAAUGCCUUCUACUGCAACAACAACGAUGCCUUCAACUACUACAACAACGAUGCCUUCUACUACAACAACAACAAUGCCUUCUACUAGAACAACAAUGAUGCCUUCUACUGCAUCAACAACGAUGCCUUCUACUACAACAACAACGAUGCCUUCAACUACUACAACAACGAUGCCUUCUACUACAACAACAAUACCUUCUACUUCAACAACAACGAUGCCUUCUACUACAACAACAACAAUGCCUUCUACUACAACAACAACAAUGUCUUCUACUUCAACAACAACGAUGCCUUCUACUACAACAUUAACAAUGCCUUCUACUACAACAACAACAAUGCCUUCUACUACAAGAACAACGAUGCCUUCUACUUCAACAACAACGAUGCCUUCUACUUCAACAACAACGAUGCCUUCUACUACAACAACAACAAUGCCUUCUACUAGAACAACAAUGAUGCCUUCUACUUCAACAACAACGAUGCCUUCUACUACAACAACAACGAUGCCUUCAACUACUACAACAACGAUGCCUUCUACUUCAACAACAACGAUGCCUUCUUCUUCAACAACAACGAUGCCUUCUACUACAACAACAACUAUGCCUUCUACUACAACAACAACGAUGCCUUUUACUACAACAACGAUGCCUUCUACUACAACAACAACGAUGCCUUCUACUACAACAACGAUGCCUUCUACUACAACAACAACAAUGCCUUCUACUAGAACAACAAUGAUGCCUUCUACUUCAACAACAACGAUGCCUUCUACUACAACAACAACGAUGCCUUCAACUACUACAACAACGAUGCCUUCUACUUCAACAACAACGAUGCCUUCUACUUCAACAACAACGAUGCCUUCUACUACAACAACAACUAUGCCUUCUACUACAACAACAACGAUGCCUUCUACUACAACAACGAUGCCUUCUACUACAACAACAACGAUGCCUUCUACUACAACAACAACGAUGCCUUCUACUAUAACAACAACUAUGCCUUCUACUACAACAACAACGAUGCCUUCUACUACAACAACGAUGCCUUCUACUACAACAACAACAACGAUGCCUUCUACUGCAUCAACAACGAUGCCUUCUACUACAACAACAACGAUGCCUUCUACUACAACAACAACAGUGCCUUCUACUACUACAACAACGAUGCCUUCUACUACAACAACAACGAUGCCUUCAACUACUACAACAACGAUGCCUUCUACUACAACAACAACGAUGCCUUCUACUACAACAACAACGAUGCCUUCUACUACAACAACGAUGCCUUCUACUACAACAACAAUAACGAUGCCUUCUACUACAACAACUUCUACUACGACGACCACAUCAACUACACAAGAAAAUUAUCAUGAUUCCCCUUGCAAUACUGGUAUUUCAAUUCCCUGGAACGGUGGUUUCCAGUGCAUUUGUCCACCAAACAAACAAGGCAAAAACUGCAGUGAAGAUGUUCCAAAUGCAGAUAGUUGCACAUGGCCUGGGAAUGAGAACGCAUGUGCCUCAGCACCUUGCUACGGGGAAGGCGUCGUGUGUGUCAACACAUUUGGCGGGCAUUAUAAAUGCUUAUGCCCACCUGAGACAACUGGGGAUCGUUGUGGUCAAGGGGAUUACUGCUUUUUGUGCUCAAGUAAAAGAUGGAGGAACGUAACAUGUUCUGUGUUCGACAAAAAGCCAUUUUUGGCAUCGAUGUCAAUAGAAAACGUAAAACUCAAGACUCAGAUAUCAAGGUCACGAUGUACGAUCAACGAAAAAUGGGACUUUGAUUCCAGGACAGGGACCAUGUGGGUAGCUAAAGGUUGCAGGGGCGAGUUUUGUGUGCAAUAUCGAGAACCUACUACAACAACACAACAGACUACAACAGCAACAAUGCCUUCCACUACAACAACAACUACCCUUCCACAAACCACUACAUCAGAACAAGUACUACCAUAGGAAUAUGAUGACAGACACUUGGGAUAAAGUGGUUUAUGUAGAUUUCGGUUUCGAAAUGAUUUCACCUUAGAAAUACAUAUUGUAUGCCCAAGUAUUAGGCAACGAUGAGAAAGGUGUCCAUAAAUACGAAGG